GUGGGGUUUAAGCGAGCGGAUCGCGCGCGCGGCUUCAUUCACUCAGGACCGGCGGGAUGAGCUGCCUGAACGUGCCCGGGGUGCAGCCCGGCUCGCCCGCCAAGGCGCGCGGCCAGAUCCAGGUGAUUUUCGGGCCCAUGUUCUCCGGGAAAAGCACAGAACUCAUGCGCCGGGUCCGCAGAUUCCAGAUUGCACAGUACAAAUGCCUGGUGAUAAAGUAUGCCAAGGACACUCGUUACUGCACCAAUGGGGUCUCCACGCAUGACAGGAAUACCAUGGAGGCUCUUUCAGCGUGUUAUCUCAAAGAUGUGCAGCAGGAGGCGCUUGGUUCAGCUGUGAUUGGUAUUGACGAAGGCCAGUUUUUCCCAGACAUUGUGGAGUUCUGCGAGGCGAUGGCCAAUGCAGGGAAGACGGUAAUCGUUGCUGCCCUCGAUGGGACCUUCCAAAGGAAGGCAUUUGGCAGCAUCCUGAACCUGGUCCCCUUGGCAGAGAGCGUAGUGAAGCUGAAUGCUGUAUGCAUGGAGUGUUACCGGGAGGCUUCAUACACUAAGAGGCUGGGCACUGAGAGGGAGGUUGAAGUCAUUGGAGGGUCAGACAAGUAUCACUCAGUCUGCCGUGUCUGCUACUUCAGGAAGCGACCUCAGCAGGCUGGGCCAGAAAACAAAGAGAACCUGCCUGUGGGGGCCAAACAGGUGGAUGCCAUAGCCUCCCGAAAGGUCCUGGCUUCGCGACAGAUGCAGUGGAGCCCAGCAAACUGAGCAGGGGAGGCUAGAGACUACAACUUUGGGGCUUCUUUAAAGCUGGCUUUCCCCUCUGUUCAGCCUGGAGCUGUCUCAUGGCCUCCCAAUGCUACCUGCCCAACCUAACUGCUGCUUGUUGUGUGCUGAGCUACAAAGAACCAGGCAAGCCUCCACAUAGAAGGGACAAAAGAGGAGAACAGUGACAAACAGGAGUCAGGCAAGCAACCAAGGGGAAAGUCCUCUGCCCUGGGAUGUGGGCAAGAAAUGGGAGGCACUUACGGAGGCAGUCACACUGCAACAUACCCUUGUCCCUGAGUGUGGGACUUCCCAAUACACCCAUCUGUCCAGGCUUCUGAGUAAUGAAUUCCUCCAACUCCUGGUUACCUCUUGAGCACUUUUGACCUCCUUCCCUGAUGCUGUUGCUGGGUUUUGCUUGUGUUCUUAAGGACCUUGCCUGUUCCUAACUAGCUCAUGGGUCUGACUUGCUGCCUGGGGAUGCCCAGUCCCUAGGUGACACUGGGGCAGGAGGACCUCAUUGCUUUAGCCCCUUCAUUAUAUUGCCUCUUACUCCAUUCUAAGGUAAACAGCCUCAGUCCUCCCAUCCCUAUUAGUGUCUUCUCCUGCUAUCACGACACCCCAGCCAUUAUUUUCCCUCCCAAACUUCAGUUUCCCCUCUAACAAUGCUUAUGUGCGGCUGCCUCCAUCCCCUCUCUGGCAGGCAGCUGUAAUUAGUUCUCCCUCCCCUGUUGCACUUCAGUGGCUGUCCAAUUAUACUUGCUAAGUGACUAAAAGUUGCUCUCAAUCAGGGCUGUUCCAUUCCAAGGGUUUUUACUGUUACCAGCAGUGGAGGUGGCCUUGAUGAUGUGUUUAUUUUUAGGGUUAGGUGGGGGUUCUGUUUUUAGUUUCAGCUGUACUAACUCAAGGAGCGAGGCCCUGCUCCUCCCUGCAUCCCCCCCUAAUGAGAGUGGAGAAUAGUCACCCCUCCAGCCAUGGUGUCCAAGCUCUUAACACAGACUAACUGAAAACAAUGCUCUCCUGAGGUGAGGUGGAGCUGGGGCUGAUGUUAAAGGGCAGCAUCUGCUUCAGUGGAGCCUAAUUCUGCUAAUACCACUGUGCACAGCUGCUUACUUGCCUAAGAAGAGUUUGUAGAGCGGGGUCUAAAAGCCCUGUGUCCUGAUGGAAAGGAUGUGCUCUGUCCCUCUACUAGAGGGAGUAAAGAUUAGUGCAGGCAGGGGCUUUGAGUAGCAUUGCUGGUGAGUGCCCCACCCCUUAUUGUGUAGUAAAUCUGAAAGCUGCCUCUGCUGAGCAUUAUUUUUAAUCUCCCAGAGGGAUGUCUCUGUGCUGUCCCUAGAACCAGAUGUUUAAAUGAGGGUCUCUCGAAGGUAACAGGCAGAUGAUCUCCACUUUGACUUAAAUUUCCUCCUGUAUCCUUAGCAAAUCUUCUCUUCCCCUUUCUCUCUAAAGCUUGGGAUCAUUCCCUGCUGCUUCCUUGCUGCCAUAACAGCGUGUGGGCCAAAGCCCUUUCCCUAAGGCAGAUGUAGCAUUUUGAUAAUUGCUAGGCCAGGCCAGCCCUUCCCUUCCAUUCUCUGGAGAAUGCGCUAGCUGCUCUAACCUCCUUUCCUGCAGCCCAGGCUUGCUGCUUUGUGACACAAGGCCCUCUGUUAACCACUGGCCUGGCACCAGGAAGUUCUCUUCAGCCCAUUUCCCUCACCCCUUACAGCAGCUGCAUUUAUCCUAACCCAAACAGGGCCUGGAAGCAGCAAGUUUGACCAUCUUUAUGAAGCUCACCUGCCAGGUGUAGUAUGGCUGCUGCUAAUUUUAAAUACCUCCAUUGCUGCUUUGGGGGGAGACUCUACAAGCUGUGACUGAAGAAUUCCUGCUUGGUUCUAGAGCUGCUUACUAAAAAAAAGGGGGGGGGGAGUUUAAUGUGCAUAAGGCUGCACCAUUAGCCUUGGAGGGGGGGCUCAUCCCUUGGUGUGGGCAGCUGCCUAAUGGUUCAGUGGGUCUGUAAGUGCAGGGGUGAGUUUUAAAUUAAAUAAUUUAAUGAAACUCCAUGUAAUGUGUAUUAAUGCCACAGUCACACUGCUCUGGCUGAGGCCUCUUCUCAGGCUUCUGGGGGCAGCUGUACUCAUGCUCUGCUGACAGGGGGUGUGUGCUAGAAGCACUGUCAGGUGGCUUCUUUAUGGGAACUGCCUGCUUGUGUAACCACUCUCAAAUUCCCUAACCCCUGUGGGUGCAGGGGGGGCACACUGGAGCUGUGCUAAAAAUAGGUCUGUGCAAUGAUUAUGCAUUUCU